AUGAGGGUUACGAGAAGAGGACCAGGGUUGAAGAGGCCAGCUAAGAGCAGAACCGCCUAUUCCUCCUCCUUGCGAGGAGCCGCCGGAGGUAGAUCGGACCAAGAUCACUAUUGGCUACAUUUGGCAUCACCCUGGGACCGAGUUCCUACGCCCUCGGUCUACGCGCCUCUCUACGGCGCCUCACGGGAUCACAAUUAA